CCAAUUUCUGGUUUUCUCCAAUGGAGGUGGGUUCCGUGUGGUUGGCGGCCGUGGUGACCAUAAUAGGUGGGUUUGUGAUGGCUCUGAGAUGGCUGCUGAAGAGAGUCAAUUGGUUGCUUUAUGAAGCCAAGUUGGGUGAUAAGCAGUACGCUCUGCCACCGGGGGAUUUAGGGUGGCCUUUCAUUGGAAACAUGUGGGCUUUCCUCCGAGCAUUCAAGUCCUCCGAUCCCGAUUCCUUCAUCGGCUCCUUUGUCGACAGGUGGGUAGGUGGCGAACUCUGUACCUAGUGCCUAAUGGUUCAGAUAACGUCAUGGCAUACGUUUGGGGGCUGAGAAAAAUUGUUCUACUUUUGGCUUUUUUGAGGGUUCUUUUUCUUCUUCUUCUUCUUUUUAUUUUUAUUUUUUUGUGGUUUGGCGUUUUUACUUUUUAUCGUAAUCGCCAGUAGAAUUUAGAA